UUUUUCUUUUAAAACAAAAUUAUCAACUCAUUACAUAUGGUGACAGGGAAAAUAAAAAGAAUAAGAAAUAAAAGGGAAUAAAAGAAAGCACAGGGAAGCGAAGGACCUGUUUGUUUACGCGCUUUGCCUUUGGCAUCCAUUGAUAAAAUCAGUUGCUGGGUUUUGAGCAGAAACAAACAGUCCCUGGCCCUCGAUUGGAACAUUGGAAUCCAUCAAUCAAAUCAAAUCAAAUCAGUGAAGCGGUGGCGAUGGAGGAAGGAGCGGGUUGUGAGAUUGAUGGAAGGGAAUUUUAGGCGGAAGGUUCUCAGAUCCACGCUCUCUCCAUCACAGAAUGAAGGGUGGGAGCCGUUUCUUCACCAUAGCUCUGGUCUCCGCCUGGUACGCCACCAACAUUGGGGUUUUGCUACUCAACAAGUACCUUCUCAGUAACUAUGGCUUCAGGUACCCUAUAUUCCUCACCAUGUGCCACAUGACCGCUUGCUCCCUCUUCAGCUACGUCGCCAUCGCCUGGCUCAAGCUCGUUCCCAUGCAGACCAUACGCUCCCGCCUCCAGUUCCUUAAGAUCGCCGCUCUCAGCCUCGUCUUCUGCGUCUCCGUCGUCUUCGGCAACGUCUCCCUCCGCUACCUCCCCGUCUCCUUCAACCAGGCCAUCGGCGCCACCACUCCCUUUUUCACCGCCGUCUUCGCCUAUCUCAUCACCUUCAAGAGAGAGGCCUGGCUCACCUACCUCACCCUCGUCCCCGUCGUCGCCGGCGUCGUCAUUGCCAGCGGGAGUGAACCGAGCUUCCAUUUAUUUGGAUUCAUAGUAUGUGUUGCAGCUACAGCUGCUCGAGCUUUAAAAUCCGUGUUGCAAGGAAUUUUACUUUCUUCUGAAGGAGAGAAGCUGAAUUCUAUGAACCUUCUUCUUUACAUGGCUCCAAUUGCUGUUGUUUUCCUUCUCCCUGCCACACUAAUGAUGGAAGAAAAUGUGGUUGGCAUUACAUUGGCUCUUGCCAGAGAUGACGUGAAGAUCAUUUGGUAUCUGCUAUUUAAUUCAGCACUUGCUUAUCUUGUCAACCUGACCAAUUUCUUGGUCACCAAACAUACCAGUGCUCUUACCCUGCAGGUACUUGGGAAUGCUAAAGGGGCUGUAGCAGUAGUAGUUUCAAUUCUGAUAUUUAGAAACCCAGUGUCAGUCACUGGAAUGAUGGGUUAUUCAUUCACAGUCCUUGGAGUAGUACUCUAUAGUGAAGCCAAAAAACGAAGCAAGUGAUACAGAUGCUGAUUCAUGAGAUUUGGGAAGUCAGCAAUGAAUUCCCUAUAUUUGUUUUCAUCCCUGUGCGGACAACCUCGAGAUUCCGUGAGGCAAAUUUGUUAGCAUGAUUGUGAUCAGAAUCCGGAUGUUUCAGACUAUAUAUACAAUUUUUUUACCCCACAUGGAAAGCCUCAUUAAACGGGUUCCCCACCGUUUUAGCACCUGUGCAGAAAUAGCCCACAGUACAAAGUUUCAAUAAGUGACUGAUCUCUUUGAAGAAAGAGUUGUAGAAUUGGAUCCUCUGCUCAUUUGUUGUUUACAUUUGUUUAUUGAUGAUAAAGUUCGUGGUUUUUCUCAUAGCAAAAGUUCUGUAUUACCUGUCCCAAAACAAUGUGUAGUGUGUAAUAUCUUUUUCUUAAUGGGGGUUGAGGAGAUUCUUUAGUCUUUCAAACUAGGAAAUUAUACAACUAUUUGUUCAUUAUGUGUUAGAAUGUAGUCAGAUACCCUUUUUAUUUUACAAAUAUAUUUAGAAUCUGAA